AUGCAGUGUUUAGUGGACAAGCCGAGCACGUUUCUGGAGGCCGCACAGCUUGUCUUUACUAUGUAUUGCUGUCUACACAUCGUCGGCGAGCCAAUCUCCAUCGGGCGACUAGAUCAACUGCUGGGUCCGUUUUACUCUCAGGGUGGGCUGACUAUGGAGGAAGCGCAGGAAGUCAUCGACUGUUUCUGGAUCAAGGUUGGCGAGAGAACCCUUUUGAACAGUCACGCAGCACAGGAUAAAAUCUUCCCCGGAAUGUGUGCCGUUCCCUACACAAGCAGCGGCAACUUUCCGCAGGGUGGCUGCAUGAACCAGUGGGGACAGCAGCUCACCAUCGGCGGACACCUGCCAAACGACGAAUUGGUCCCAACGACUGCCUGCAACGAAGUCAGCCUCAUGUGCCUCAGAGCUGCCAGGCGUCUUCCCCUGAACGCCCCAUGCCUGACGUUACGAGUUCAUCGCGGCAUAUCCCAAGAGGUGCUGGAGGAGGCCGCCAAGUCUCUACUAAGCGGAGGAGCUCACCCGGUUCUACUGCAUGACGACAGGCUGGUUCCAGCCCUGCAGGAGUCCUGGCGGAGGGGGACAGCCGUCCGCCUGGAAGAUGCCAGGAACUACGCAUGUGAUGGAUGUUUCGAGCCUGUGUUCGUAGGUGGCUCCGAGUUCGCUUUCGCCACCUUUCCACUCCUCGACGUGGUGGAAAUGGCACUGAAUCAAGGAACGCUCUACUCUCAGGCCGGUCCAACUUUCCUGCGGGGGAGCAAAAAAUCCUUUCCCUCGCCACAUGCUAGUAAGAUCAAGGAUUUUCACGAAUUCCAGAAGAUUUUCCUGCAGCACCUUCGUCUCCAGAUUCCUCUGCUGGUGUCCUUUCUUGUUGGCGGUUAUGGUAAUAUAUGGAAGAUGUGCCCCAGUCCUCUACUGUCGGUCAUGAUGAAGGGGUGUAUAGAGGCCGGCCGGGAUCAUUCAAACGGCGGUACGGAGCACCACGAUCUGGGCUUCAUGUUUGUGGGCGCUGCCAACGCCAUCGAUUCGCUCUACGCAAUCAAGAAGCUCGUGUACGAUCCAGUGACCGCGCUGACAACUCUCCCUGACCUCCUGACUUGUCUGAAGUGCGACUGGGGCCACGACAUGAAGGAGUAUCUCAUCGACGUUCGAGCGGGACCGGGAAGGGCUGAGGCACAAGCAACCUUCUUCAGACAUCUCCGAGACGUCGCCGUGUCCUUUCCAAAGUUUGGUCACGGAGAAGACGAGGAAUUGAAGGAGCUGGCAACCUGGAUGAUUGAAAAUGUCUUGAAGAUACUACGGGAAACCUUCGAUAAUGCUCCACCGGGAGUGAAGGAGAUCUUUGAGCGACUGGAGAACGAAUAUAAUCUCCCCGGCAGGCCUUUUGGCUUCGUGGCGCUGCCAGGAAUAGGCACGUUUGAGACGUACGUUGGGUACGGGCAGAACAGCGGAGCGUCGGCGGACGGACGGCGGAGCGGACAGCCGAUAGCGUCGGACCUGAGCCCGGCACCUGUACCCCAGGACCUGCCCGCAAACCCGGACAGCUGCGAUAUCUACAGAGCGCUGAAAUGCUGGGAUCUUGGUGUUAUCAACUUCGGCCUGUUGUGCGGUUCUGAGGUGGAUCUGAUGAUACGUGAAGACUUCCCGUUGGAUAAGCUGACCGAGUUCCUGCGACGCUACUCGGACCUGGACGGCGACAUUGGCUCCAACGUCAUAACAAUCACCUGUGCGAAUCCGGAAACCUUAGAGAGGGCAUCCGAGGUCACCGACGCCUACGAGUUAGUGCGCGUGCGCCAGGGCGGCUGGACCGAGUUCUUCUAG